AUGCCGUGUAAAGCCGUAAAGUUGUCACGUGAUAGGGGAAGGAAGGUGCUAGCAACUGCGGAGAGGAACCUUCGAGAAUAUCGCGUUGUGCGCGUGCGCAUACUGCUCCGUUUCGGUUACUGCCGGUCUGCUCGCGGUUCAGGACUCGAGUUCAUCAGGCUUAGGUUACACAACGUGCACGAAUUCACGAGUGCGUGUUCGUCGCCGGUUUUGUACUUCGAUCGACUCAGUGAUUGUGAAGAGAUCGUGAUCAUGGCUGCUGCCAAUGCUGUGAAAAGGCUGAUUCCUCUCUUUGAUAGAGUUCUCAUACAAAGAGCCGAGGCUAUUACCAAAACGAAAGGUGGUAUUGUACUGCCAGAGAAAGCUCAAGCAAAAGUCUUGCGAGGCACAGUUGUGGCCACAGGCCCUGGAGCGAGAAAUGAUAAAGGAGAACAUGUGCCUUUAAGCAUUAAGAUCGGAGAUGUUGUGUUACUUCCUGAAUAUGGCGGUACAAAGGUUGAGCUUGAAGACAACAAGGAAUACCACUUGUUCCGCGAGUCGGAUAUAUUAGCCAAAGUAGAAGUUUAAUUCGUUGAAUUUAAGUUUCCAGUAAAUGCUACAAGGUGUUUUUCUAGAACUUCAUUAACUAACAGCAAAAAAAUAUGUAUACACAGAGUUUUACAUAUGUAAUUAAAAGUUCUGUUUAACUUGAUAAA